AGAUCUUCUUCGAUCUCAGUACCGGUACAGCUCCAAUACCGCAGUCACUGUUGGUGAUGAAAGGUGUUCCCAACAAACAGACAGCACUUGGAUGGGGACCUUGAAAUGCAACGCCACAACAUCAUAGUGUGGUGGUUGCGAGAGGACAGUAGUAGGACAUGUCAUCCACAACAACAACAACAGCCAGUCAACAGGCCGCCGGGGAAACGCCUCAACAAUGUGAUCAAGUAGUGAGCAUGCAGCAGCCAGUGGAGAGCAACACCACUAUCUGUAGUGGAAACAUCAAAGAAAACGACAACGACAACCCACAACCGCAACAACAGUCCGCGGGAGAAACCGUGCAGAACAGCUCCUACACGGCCACUACGAUUGCUACCAAUGGCGAUCCACCGAUAUCGGAAUCGGCACGUCCCAAACCUCAAAAGGGAGUGUCUUGGAGCAACGAUCUGGAUGACAAGGGAUUUGAUGAUGACGAUGACGACCAAAAGACGUCAACAUCCAAACCAUCACAAUCACCACCACGAAACCUGUAUCAAGCCAGCAGUAUGCGACAAGAGCCAAAGGAAGAAGAAGAUCGUGCGCCACGACGCGAGUACAUUUUCGUGCUCUGUGCUGGAGUAUUCAUGGCAUUCAACAGUGGUUUUGUCAAUGGCAGUUGUCUCUCGGGAUUUGUCGUCCCCGAACGAAGUUUUGCCGUGUCCAGUUUUACCCAAACCAUUACACUGUCGUGUCUCGAAUUGGCCGAUGGAAAUUACGAGCAAUUUCGAUUUCUGUUGUGUAUGUUUUUGAGUUUCAUGUUUGGCAGUUUUAUAUCGGGCGUCCUGUCACCCGAUCCGACACCCUUUCGCAUUGAACCCAUGUACGGACCCAGUUUUCUCAUUGGCGCGGCCUUUUUGGUCAUUUCCAGUAUCAUGGCGGCCGUCGAAUCCAACAAUGAAGAUUUUGUCUUUUAUUUUGCCGCCGCCGCCAAUGGCAUUCAAAAUGGCGUCAGUUCGAUUUAUUCGGAGAAUCUCAUUCGAUCCACCGGCCACUCCGGCGCCACGACCGAUAUCAGUCUCUUUAUUGCCCAACUCUGUCGGGGGAAUAUGGAAAAUACCGGUCGAUUGCUGGUAUUGUGCUCGUUGCUUGUGGCGUUCUGGUCGGGAGGAGUCAUUGCCUACUGGUGGGCCAAACGAUAUCGAGUCUACGCACUCCUCAUCAAUGCUGGGCUCUUUGUGUUGGUGGGAGGUGCCAUUAUUGCCUAUUUGGUUUACGAAUUGGGAAUCUCCGUCAAGGAGGCUUUUCUAGGGUCGUGGCGGUGGAAGAAAGCUAUUGAUUUGCUGCAGCAAAGCUGCUUUGAUAACUUGGGAAACAAUAACAACCACAGCGACAGACAAAUGACAGAAGAAGAACGACUGAAUCAAAUAUUUGACCGACUCGAUUUGGAUCAAAGUGGAGAUAUCGAUAGUUACGAACUACUCCAGGGACUCAAACAGGUUGGAAUUCACAUGACACAAGCCAAAUGCGACAUGAUGCUGUCCCAUGCCGACAUUGAUGGCAAUGGGUCCUUGUCACGGGAGGAAUGGUUCGCCGUGGCGCGGGCGUGUCAAAAGAAACAACGCAUUCGAGACAUUAAAACAUACUCCAAGCGGCACAUGCAUCAUCAUCAACAAUUGCGAGAUUCUACCAGUAGUCGGGGAACCAUGAUUGGGUGAAAAUAUAUGAAAAUGCAUCAACCACAAUUCGCAACGCGUAUUGCCCCCGGUUGGCGGCAAACAGUCUGGCGGUACCAGUACAGCAAAUGCAUUCCUUGGCCUGGCUGCAUUGGCAACGGAAACGAUACAGUGGGGACCUGCAACACACACACGGUGUGGGCAUUCAAUUCUUCCCGACCGAUGUUCCCUCGCGGGUGCCCAACUCGAAGGACGUCUUGCUGACCUCUCACUUGCCUCCAACCCAAGUAUUUGGCAGUUUUCUUUCGAAGAAAGUGCCUUCGGCGGCUCCGAUGCGUACGUAGGCAGACAGUUCUGUAGCACUCUAGCUAGCUAGCAAUCAAUCAUUUAGAGUUUCUCGUCGUUCAGGUUGGCUGACAAACGUCAAAUAUGCUGCUAGCCACGAGCCACUUGGUGCAAUGCUACUACUAGUGGCUAGCUAGCUAGUCCAUACAUCUGAGGACAUGUAUCGAGCUUCCCAAACCGGGCUAGAGCUAGUAUGGCUUAGCUAUCGUCUCGAAGGUGAAAAUAUGAUGAAGAGGAUACUAAAGGACUCCGGGCCACGAGUGGGAC